AUGACACCGUCAGUGUCAUUCGCAACCCUGCCAAGAAAUAUUAUUUAUACCAUCAUCAAAGAACUUGACAGACCCGACAAAUUGGCACUGGGCUUAAUAUGUCCAUACUUCCUUUUUAUUCUUGCGGACUACUACGACCUCGAUCGCUACCGCAGCAACCCUGAGGCAUGGGCAAGACUCGGGCUUCCUGACGGCGCCACCUCCUGGCACGACUCAGCAGCUCAAGCGACUAUCAUUCGGUACCUCACCAAGGCUGGGUAUAGCGAUAACGAAACCGUAUCAGUCUUCAUUGAUGAACCAGAUCACCACGAUACGCCAGAUGGGUCUGACGAGAUGGAAAUCGACUCCGACCCUGCAGGAUAUGUUGAACUUGGUGAUAUGGACAUGUCUGGGUUACACAGUGGUCUAAAUGCCCCCGGGCUGUUACCAUCCUACGAAGACUCUGAUGAAGCUGUCGACGACGAGCUGGUCGAACUGCUUCUGUCCGAAUGGCUCGAUAAGAAGUUCGACAUACUGGAUGGCUGCGUUGUGUGUGCGGAUUGUUCGCGGUUUAUACUUUGCAGCAGGCCCGAUGGGCGCCCAAAUCCCUUCGCGGCGAACAUGCUACAUCGUCCGAGAUGGUUCAGACACUGUGGUGAUUGCGAGAAGGGUUAUGGAACUGCCCCCGGCACUGUAUUGACCUGA